GAAAUACCUCUGUCGGUCAGAGCAACAAUGUCUAAGUAUAUAAAGAACUAGUUAUUUACGACGAACGUUGUGGUUACAAGAAUUUUUCCUUUUCUUCCGUUCAUCCAUUUGUAAGAAAAUAGAUUUAAGUUGAUCUGAACCAAAGAUCCAGCGCAUCUCCCAAGAUGGAUAAGUUUCGUAUGAUGUUCCAGUUCCUCCAAUCCAACCAGGAAUCUUUUAUGAAUGGGAUCUGUGGUAUCAUGGCACUAGCUAGUGCACAGAUGUACUCUGCCUUUGAGUUCAGCUGCCCCUGUAUGCCAGAAUACAACUACAGCUAUGGGAUCGGACUGCUUAUCGUUCCACCUAUAUGGUUCUUUAUGUUAGGUUUUGUAUUGAACAAUAAUGUAUCAGUACUUGCAGAGGAGUGGAAAAGACCCACGGGGAAACGGACAAAGGAUCCAACAAUCCUUCGCUAUAUGUUUUGUUCAAUCACACAGAGAUCCUUGAUAGCACCUGCAGUGUGGGUGUCUGUCACUCUCAUGGAUGGGAAGAGCUUCCUCUGUGCUUUCAGCAUCAACCUGGAUAUUGACAAGUUUGGCAAUUACAGUUUUUUUGCCGGGAUGUCCGAGACAGAAAAGAUGAAACUGCUGGCGAGGAUUCCCUGCAAAGACCUAUUUGAGCAUCAGGAAAUAAGUGUGGCAGCAUCACGAUACAUCAAGUGUAUAUCACAGGCAUGUGGAUGGAUGUUUUUGCUCAUGAUGACCUUCACUGCCUUCCUGAUCCGAGCUAUUCGACCAUGCUUUACUCAAGCCGCCUUCCUCAAGACCAAAUACUGGUCUCAUUACAUUGACAUUGAGCGCAAGAUGUUCGACGAUACCUGUAAGGAGCAUGCCAAGAGUUUUGCCAAGGUUUGCAUCCACCAGUACUUUGAGAACAUCAGCGGUGAGAUGCGCAACCUCCACCACCUUCACUCCAGCAAGGACAACAGCGACGACGAUGAAGAGAAAAAGAGUGAUGAAGAAAAGCUUCUGGGUAUCAUGGCCCAGGAUGAUAUGAAUAAAGUUUUAUGGAACUGGCACACCUGUAAGCCCGCUCUGGCUCUGAGAAAGGACCAAAUAGAUGGUGAAAACAAAGGCAGACUGAAUGGAGAUGCCAAUGGAGUAGCAAACGGAUUUGUAAAGGGACACACCCAUAAUGUGGAGAAAAAGGAAUGGGCAGUGUAUUACAGUAAGGUCUGAAGAGCUCAACAAGACAGAGAAAAGCUUGCAA